ACUAAAAAUCAAGUAUGCUAAGCAGCCGGGACGUCAGAUUCGCUGUUCGCAAAUUAACAAACGAAUUGUAAUUAAUUGAUUGAUUAAGUUAUUUUAGCAUAGAAUAGAAUCCAUCCAAUGGCUGAGCCGUCAAUAGCUGAGCAGUUGAAAAUGAAAAAAUUGAAAUUGACGCUGGAUGAAUACUCUGAGCAGUAUGUGAACAAGGCUUCUGCCAAUGAGGAAACCGCAAAGGACAAACAUCGCGAAAACUAUAUAUUCGAUACAAAUAUUAUGGAGCUAACACUAGAUGAGUAUUAUGAGAAGUUUGUGCUGCCCAAGGUAAAGCUUCAAGCAGCUAAACACGAGGAAGAGCACAAAAACAUACGCUAUCAACGCACCCACUACUUUGGGCCCAGCUUUUUGGAACGCCAGCGUCAACCAAGGGAACCAUCUGCCACUGACCAGAAGGAGAGCACAACAAAUAUGUAACCAGAUGACGCCAAAGCAGCUGCUCCAACAGACUCACUACCGAAAUUCUAUUUGCAGCAGCAGCAGCAAAAAGAACUCUCAUUUAAUGUGAAUCCUGGCAAUAAAGAGACUAACAAAGAAGUCCAGUA